AUGAGAUUCGGUGUUGUGUUUGUGAUCACCCAAGUCCUAGCAGACUUUACGUAUUUGGGUUGCUACAGCUCGGAUGCCAUUUCCGGCCUGACCAAGAAGGACUCGUACACAUGGCAGAGCUCCAGUCAUUGCACGGAGCAGUGUUCGGGACACGCAGUUGCUGCAUUGAUCAACGGCCAGGACUGCUACUGUGGAGACGACGUGCCUUCGGACGACCCCGACGGCUCGUGCACAAAGUCUUGUACGGGCUAUCCCCUGGAGAAGUGCGGUGGUACCAACUCUUAUUCCGUGUAUGUUGACGAGUCAGAGGAGGACGACGACGACAGUUCGUCGGCGCAAUCGUCGCACUCGUCCACAAACGAUGCCACUUCCACCUCCUCCUCCAGCUCCUCCAGCUCCUCCAGCUCCAGUUCCUCCAGCUCCACUCGGUCCAGCUCCUCCACAUCGUCUUCCUCCACCCAAAGUUCCUCCACACAGAGCUCCACCUUAUCGUCCACAAGCUCUUCUCCAACGUCCUCAACUUCGUCCACAAGCUCGUCUACAACGAGCUCAAUUUCGUCCUCUUCUACCUCCCACACCUCCUCGUCGUCUUCAACCACUUCUUCCUCCACAUCCUCAUCCGAAACAGUCCGGAUAACUACCUCCGUUUCACCUGGAAACACGCAGACCUCCAUUAUCUACAUCACGGAGUCUGUCGCUACAGCCACCUCGGCGUCCGCUGCCGCGUCGUCCUCAAGUGCCUCGAGCGCCAACAACGGGUCCACGGGGCUCAGCAAGGGCGCGAAGGCCGGAAUCGCUGUCGGGUCGAUCGUCGGAGCUUUGCUGCUCCUAGGACUCCUGUUCCUGCUCCUGCUUUGGCGCAGACGCCAGCGCGACGAAAGAGACGACCUCAGUGAAAAGCGCGCGUCCAGCAUUCUGGCGUCGUCGCCCCUGCAGCCUCCAGCAGGCUCGCGAGGCGCGGCAGCAGGCAUCGGAGCCAACGCGUUCGGAUUCAUGUCCGAGGACGACAGACUGGACAUGCCGGGCACAUCGAGACGGUUCAGCGACGGGUCGUUGCCGGACGCUGCUGCUGGAGCCGCGGUGCCGCCCAAUAGUGCCCGCCAGGGAGGUUUGCGGGUGGUAAACCCAGAUCUCAGCGACGAAGAAUAA